CUUCACUUCCUUCUCGACUCGUCAAGUUCUCGCACGCCGACCCCUCGAUUAAAUGUCGUCCCGCGAGGUUCUUGGCGGCGCCGCUGCGCUUGCGGCGGUGGCGACGCUGCUGGUUUUGGGGUGGUCGCCGGGGACGACGGCGGACCCGCAAGUCCCGUGCUACUUCAUCUUCGGCGACUCGCUGGUGGACAACGGGAACAACAACAACAUGGCGUCGCUGGCGGUGGCCAACUACCCGCCUUACGGCAUCGACUUCGACGGCGGACCCAACGGCCGCUUCACCAACGGCUUGACCACCGUCGACGUCAUCGCUCAGCUUCUCGGAUUCGACGACUUCAUCCCACCGUACAUAAGCACGCGCGGCCAAGCACUUCUCUCCGGCGCCAACUUCGCUUCAGCCGCCGCCGGAAUCCGAGAAGAAACCGGCCGGCAACUGGGCGGUAGAAUUCCGUUCGGCGGGCAGCUGCAGAACUACCAGUCGGCGGUGGCGGAGAUGGUGAGCCUUCUAGGCGACGAGGACUCCGCCGCCAACUACCUGAGCAAGUGCAUCUUCUCCGUCGGCAUGGGCAGCAACGACUACCUCAACAACUACUUCAUGCCGGCGUUCUACUCCACCGGCCAACAGUACACCCCCGAGCAAUUCGCCGACGUGCUCCUCCAGCAGUACUCCGAGCAACUAAGGACUCUGUACAACUACGGAGCCAGGAAGGUCGCGGUGAUCGGCGUCGGCCAGGUGGGCUGCUCCCCCAACGAGCUCGCCCAGCACAGCCCCAACGGCGUCACCUGCGUCGAGGAGAUCAACAGCGCCAUCCGAAUCUUCAACGCCAAGGUCAUCGGCCUCGUCGACCAAUUCAACACCCUCGACGGCGCCCACUUCAUCUACGUCAACGGCUACGGCAUCUUCGAAGACAUCCUCAACGACGCCGGCUCAUACGGUCUGAGCGUGACGAACAGGGGAUGCUGCGGCGUGGGGAGGAACAACGGGCAGAUCACGUGCCUGCCUUACCAGGCGCCGUGCCCGAACAGGGGCGAGUACUUGUUCUUCGACGCGUUCCACCCGACGGAAGCUGCGAACGUCGUCAUCGGAAGGAGAUCUUACAGAGCAGAGUCGCCGUCGGACGCCUACCCGAUGGACAUCAGUAGCCUUGCUCAAGUAUGAAUAUCAGCGGAACAGAGGAACUCUGUUUCUUAAUUAGCCUUAAUUUUUUCCCCCCUUCGUUUUUAAGAAGACAAAGUGGUCGUUGCUUAUUUCUAUACUGUGUGGAGCCGAAGAGAUGAAGUUGUAUUGAGAUAAUAAUAUUUUAAUAUUUGUCACCAGGAUGCUUUAAAUGAAAUAAAAUAUAGCUGUGUUUUUUUUAUUUA